UUUCUCUUUUUUAAAGGAAUUCGCGAAAUUAUUUGUCGUUUUAUUAAACGUGGAGAAUUACCUACACUUCCUAAAUAUAUAAACGAUACAAUUUUACGUGUUAGACAAAUGCAAAAAACUACAUAUGAAGCUAAACGAGCAGAAAAAGUUGUUGAAGAAAUGCGAAAGAUGAAGACACGGCCAUUGAUUACAACAAAGUCUCCAGCAAAAACACCAGCGGCUCUCAAUACUACAUUUCAGAAGGUACAAAAAUUAAAAAAAAUUGACGAGAAAGCUGAUCAAGCAAAGAGAGCACGUGAAGAUUUGUUGAGGGAGAAAGCUGACAGUGCAAAAAGAGAACGGGAGGAGCGUGAAAAACGAGUGGAACAAAACAAUAGAAAGAAGGAAGAGGCUAGGCUUGAACGAGAAAACUUGAACGAGAAAAACAUUUGGAGGCUGCUAAAGAAUUUCAAAAUAAAACCCCAUCUACUUCUAAAGAUAUUGUUGACAAAAGGCUUAAGUCAACUCCGAUUAAAGAACAGUUAUCUUAUCCUACUCCCCUCGAUCAAUUAAGAGCCCUCUCUCCCAAACAACACAACUUAUUAAUUUUGAAGAUGAGGACUGAAAUUAAUCAAAAUUGCUU